AUGUCAAACUUGAACGACACCUCUGUGCACCCUACUGGCGUGCAAGGAGCUUAUGCCGGGGUCCAAAAUCCCUCGUCCAGCUCCGUCCCGAAAGAAUCAGAUAAAUAUGCCGACGAAGGUACCUUAUCUGGUCAUGCCCCAUCUAGUGAAGAUCCAAAGAGAGACGUAGUGGAAGGUGCUCCUGGGGUUAUUGAGGGGACUGAAUUGGCGCCUUUGGGAGAGGAUAAAAUUGCUCCUGAUCCAUCCCUUAUCGACCAAGCUACCGCGCUGGCCAGACAAGCCGUCGAAGCCGUCACAGGUUCUAAGUAA